UCUCCUUUAUUACUUAUUUAUAUUUUCCCAAGAGUCUUGUAGUCUUUGUAAUUAAAAUUUUUGAUGUGGGCGAGGUUUACAAGAGCAGUGCAUGCAUGCGUUAAAAGUUCAAGGGUCAAGUGGAAUAAGGUGCAGAGCACCAAAUUCCUUGACCUUUGUAGGGAAGCUGGGGAAUUUGAGAUACACGAUGAAGUUAUGUGCUGUUUUAAACUGUGGAAACUCAACUUAUCACCUUCAAAAGUGGAUGGGGGACUGGUGUCCAAUACACCAAUGUAACUAUGGAACUUCAAGAUGUGUUUGUGAUCCUCCUUUCAAAUUAUUUCCAUUUCCAACUGAGAGAAAAAAUCCUAAGGGGAGACAAGAAUGGAUAAACUUGAUCAACAGGACAGAUCCUGAAACUGGAGAAUGUUGGGCUCCAAAAAGUCACAGUAGGGUUUGUUCAAAACAUUUCCCUGAUGGAAGACCUACACAUGAAAAUGCUAACCCUAUAAACAAUUUGAUUCUGGAACCAGUAGAGAAACCCAAAAGAGGAAGAUCAAGCCAAAUGAAAAGAAAACUUGAAGUGCCAAAGUUUAUUUCUAUAUCAGAAAAUGUAAUUGAUGCAGAUGCUUGUGGAUCUGAAUCAGAUAGCAUGGAGUUAAUUGAAUCUCAAAAUGGAAUUGAAUGCAAUAUUUCAAAAAAUAACUCAGAAUCUCAUCCUUCAAAAGAAACAGUUCAAAAUUUAGGCAUCAGUAGAGCUAAGGCCAUGGAGGAAGAUAGUAACUCUCCUGCUGUGAGUAAUCCAGGGACCCCUAGAUCUGAACAGGAAGUCAGAGCCACACCCCCUCCUCAGAAGAUGAUUGGGCAAGCUAUGAAUCCCUACCAACAACAGCUACAGCAACAACAUAUGUUAGCACAAAUGCAGGGAUCACAGUUCCCCCUAGGACAUCAAUCUCAAAGCAAAUACACACAAUUAUUAGCAGUGAUAGAGGACAUGGGUAAAGACAUUAGACCAACAUAUUCUGGAAGUAAAAUGUCUGCCGAAAGAUUAAAAAGGGGAAUAGUUCAUGCUAGGAUUUUAGUUAGAGAAUGCUUGAUGGAAUGUGAAAGAAGUGCCAGGAAUUAAAUUAGAAUCUUGAUUAUUUGAAGAAGAAUAUAGUAUUACUGUAUGUGUUCAUACAUGUACAUCAUUUUUAUACAUUGUAUAACUUAGAUGUUGAGAAAAUAAAUCAAAAUUCACUUAAUAAAGAGCUACAUCUUCAUGUAAGACUAUCAUCAAAUUCAUUGUAUUCAUCACUUGUUCAGACUUAGCUUUAAAGCUAUAAUUUUAUGUAUAUCAUGAAUAUGUAGAAGAUGUUAAUCUAUUGUGUGAAUUUCAUUUAAUUAUGAGUAAGAUUGAAAAAUGUUAUAAAAGACUCAAGUAUUUUAUAGGCUGCAUUCAGUAUUGAUUAAUUAUAUUUAUGAUGAAUUAAAUUACAAAUUUAUCUAAUCGUAUAAAAUUUGUGCUGAAACAUUAUAACACAGGUUUUCUAUUAUAUAUUAAUCAUGUUUUGAAAGUUAAUAUGUACAUGUAAUUAUAUGAGCGUUUUAAAGGUUGUGUGUUCUACAACAUGUUACAUGUAGUUGUUAUACAUGUACAUGCAUAAGACUUAAAAAGAAAAAAUGUACAUUGUAACUUGAGUAUUUAUAUGCAAGAUUUUUGAAAAUCUGUUUUGUUAGAGGACCUUUUUUUGGGGGGCAAACUUACAUGUAAAUCCUCUUUCUAAAUCACACUGUUAUAUUAGUCUACAAAUCAUGCACAUCCUGUUAAUAUUUUUUUUAAAGAUACAUUUACAUGUAUAAUCAUGUUGUUAAAAACUGAAAUCAGAAGAUCAAUCAUAACUUAUGUAAGCUUUGUCUACCAUCAGUAAGCUAUGGGGGUAUAACUUGAAGAAGAUGAACACAUAUUAUGUCUACAUUAUCUUGAAGAAUCGUAUUUAUGUAAUAGAUUAUCUCCCCUUUUCUCUCUGCAAAAAAAAAAUAGUUGGAAAUGUACUUUAAUAUUCACAUUGUUUUGCAGUUCAAAUAUAUUCUUAAGAGUUUUGUCCCUUGGUUUGCUACUUGAGUUUUAAAAGAACAUUGGAUGUAGUUAGAAAUAAAUUUUAAGGAAAUUUGGUAUAUGGAAUAUAGAAAACCAUAUCAAGAAAAAAAUGUUCAUUUUAAUAUCCAAAAUGUAAUAUUCUUGAUUUUGUUUAGCAGCUUUAAAUUUACUGAAAGGAGAAAUUGUAAUUUUAAACUAUGAGCUCCACUUUAAAUGAUUUUGCAUAAAGCCUGUAGGGAAAACACUGACUUCCAACAAUAAUUUAGAUUUGAAAAUUCAUCAGAUAAUUAUUUUGCUUAUGAUAUAUAGAGUAAAACAACUGAAGGAUUAUGAAGGUAAUGUUGUACAUUUUUUAAUCAUAAUACAUUAAAUAUUAUUAAAAAAUCCUCUGGAAGGAAACAUGUUGAAAUGGUAUGAAUGUAAAUGAAAUAAAAGAAACAGAAGUAAA